CGAAGUUUGUUCUCGGACCAUUAAGCAUGAAAGGCCACCAACGUAGUCCCGCUCUGCCAGUUGCCGUCGUCGCUGUGGCCGUGGCCAUUGCCGGGCUGUGCGUGCUGUCAGGACUGAAUGCAGCGCCUCUCGACGUGCAGUGCAAUUGUGGGCACGCAGGAACGCAGCACUCGGCCGACGGCCUUCAGACCCAGACUCAGACCGGUCCCGGUUGCCAGACGCAAACCUCCGAGAAUGGCACCCAGAGCCAGAGCCAGAGCGGCAGUGGUACUGGCAAUUCUAGCCAGUCUCAGACCCAGUGCACUGGCUCCGAAUGCGCUCCGUUCACGCCCUUUCCACCGCUGUUCACCAUGAAGCCAUGGAGCCCCUCACGUGGAAGCCAUGGGAAUGGAGGUCACUGCAACCCAUUGCCCCGCUGAAUGGGCAGCAGCAGCAACAGCAGCAGCAGCUCGAUGUAGUUUAAGCUCUUCAAAUGAUUUUGCGAUUCAAUAAAAGCUGGAGAGCUGAGAUGAAGCCCCAGCGUGUGGUC